UCUUUUCUCCAUUCGUUUUUUUAUAUAUAUCUUAACAGGAAUCUAUGUCACAAGAAGAUAUCAAGAAGAUAAAGAGUUCCCACACAAGUAAUUUUUAUUUUAGUUCGUACCAAUCAUUCCUGGGUAGCUAUUUUCUUAUGCUGAGGGCUUCUCUUUCUUCUUUCUAAUUAAUAAUAGCAAUAAAAAUUGAAGUCGGUUGAGAGGUUGUCUAAAGUUGUUUUAAGGAAAGAUAAUAGCAAUAGAAAUUGAAAUCGGUUGUCUUUUGAAAGAAAGCGAGAGCGCAAGGGUGGAAGGGUGAUGGCAGUGCCAUGGGCCUCGGCUGUGGACAUAGCGAAGAUGGUUUGGGUGGCCCUCGACGACUGGAUCUCGACAUGCAUGAUGGUCGCCGAUGAGAUCGCCCAUGCCCUCAGGACCGGCGAUGUCGGUUCCUUCCUUCCUGAAUAAUUCUUGUGUAUUCCCAAUCUCUGUGCAGGUUGGUUGGUUUCUGUGGAGAAUUGGAUUGGAGGAAGAGAGUGAUCAGAAGUCGAGGAGGAGUGGUCUGGGACUGGGGUGGGGGCAUGGCAAUGCCAUGGGGAUUGGCUGUGUACAUAAUGAACAUGGUUUGGAUGGUUCUUGAGGAUUGGAUCUCGUCGUGUGUGACGGUCGCCGAUGACAUCGCUCAGGCACUCAGGACCGGCGACAUCGGGCCGUUCCCCAUUGGAUGAGUCUUUGAUCGUUCCCCAGUUGUUUUCAGAAAAUAUUCCAUCGAUGCAGUUUUACUAUGCACAAUUUUAUCAAUAUAGAUAGACUUGAUUAUAGCAAUACCCCAAAUGUAAAGAAUUCAUUGUUCAUAAAAUCUUUUUACCAUAAAAGAAACAGAAACUCAACCAUGGUGCUUGGUGCCUUUAUUUGUUAUGUAUUGGGAGCCCCUGCUUCAGUGCAAAUGAAUGAUCAUAUCUUUGAAGAAGGCUUU